AUCGAGCAACAGCUUCUCAGAACAGGGGAGUCGAAACAGUGUGACACACUUACCAAACAGUGAUGUGAAAAGAAGUUCUAUGACAGCGGUGUGAGGGGUAAACCAAGAUGGCCACCCACCGUGUCCCACUCGUCUUGCUAGCCUGUGGCUCCUUUAAUCCCAUCACCAACCAGCACAUGAGGCUGUUUGAGCUGGCCAGAGACCACAUGCACAGCACAGGCAAGUACCAGGUGGUGGGUGGCAUCGUGUCUCCAGUGAGUGACGGCUAUGGAAAGCAGGGCCUGGUACUGGCCAGGCACCGAAUUGCUAUGGCAAAGCUGGCGCUCCAAAGCUCCAACUGGGUCACGGUGGAUGAAUGGGAGAGCCAGCAGCCAGACUGGACGGCGACUGCGGUCACCAUGAGGUAUCACUAUGGGGGUAUACUGAAGGAGUAUGAGCAGAGCACAGCAACGCACCCCGAUGGAAACACUGUUCCCCUCUCAAGCCCCUGUCCUCAGGUAAAGCUCCUGUGUGGAGCUGAUUUCCUCGAAACGUUCAGGAUCCCUGGCCUGUGGCAGGACGACCACGUGGAGGAGGUGGUUGGACGUUUCGGCCUCGUCUGCGUCAGUCGAGGGGGGCUCGAGCCCGAGAGGGCCGUGCACGUGUCGGACACGCUCUCGCGCCACCGUCAAAACAUAUUCCUGGUGAGGGAAUGGGUGAGGAAUGAGACGAGCGCCACAGAGGUCCGCCGGGCUCUGAGGCGGGAUCUGAGUGUGAAAUACCUGAUCCCGGACUCUGUGAUAGAAUAUAUUCACCAGCACAAGCUCUACACGCAGGACAGCGAGAGGAUAAAUAAGGGCACAGUGCUGAGGCCGCUCGCCAAGCAUGCUGUAGAGAGUCUGGAUGACUGAUGGAUGGACUGCUGCAGCAUCCAACUGAACAAUCACCCACAGAUUAGUGCUUCUCUUCAGAGACCGGAAGCUUUCUUCACUUCCACUGAACCGCAGUGGGAUAAUAGAGGUUUGCACAACCUGCUGAGUUACAAAUACUGAGCCUCAUCUUUGUGUCACGGUACCAAUGAAUAUUUGUUUGCUAAAAGUGUUCGUCCUUUGUAGUUUUACAUAUUUCACAUCAUCGCAGAGUUGGAUAAAUGGAAAUAAAAUCCUGUAUAUUUG